CAUGUCCAUUGUUGUACUUAUUUUAACUCCAUAUUCACUUGCGACUAAAUAAUGCCUACUGAUAGCCUAAAAAGAAAACAUCAUGGAUUUCGAUGCACUGAUGGCUCAAGCUCGUGCAAAUGAAGAGCAAGUAAAAAAGAAACCAAAGAAACCCUGCAACCUGGAGCCAGCUCGAUCUACACAGAAACUCAGAACUGAACUGGUCCGCAAGCAAGAGGAGGAGAAACGAAGAAAGAUCGCUGAAGAAGAACGAUUCGGAAGACAAGAACGAGAGAAGCUAGCAAGGAUGGAACACGAGAUGGCUGAACACGAGCGGAAACUGAUAGAGGAGCAGGAGAAGAUGGACAGACUCGACCAAAUAUGCAAGGAAGCUCAAGAAAGGAAGGCUAAGAUGGAAGCAGAACAACAAGCAAAACGAGAUGCAGUGCGUCACGAACAGGAGAACAAAAGAGAGGAGGAAAGAGAGAAGAAGCGGUGUGGUAAGGGGAAAGGAGGAGAGAGGUUCGGAGACUUUAUAGACGACGAUGAUGACAUUUUCAAACGUCGCCAGCGGGAAGUUGAUGAGAAAAAAAGGAGACGCGAUGAGCGAAAGAAGGAUGACAUUUGGAGGAGACGAGAAGAGCACAAACGUGGUAUGAAGGAUCGGGAUAAGGAGAAACUGAUGGCGAAAAUUAGGGAAGAUGCGAAAAAAGUUGCCAUGUCCUUGUCUAAGAGCAUGGACAAUCGAGGGUCUCCAAGUAAAGCUAGUACACCUGAGAAAACUAAGAAACGAACAAGUUCCUCUAGCGCAUCUAAACUACUGGACAUCGAGGAGUCGGCUUAUCACGAUAGGAAACGUGCAAAGGAAGAAAAGAGAGCUGGACUCAAGAAAGAAAUGAGAUUAAGACGUGCUUCUCAGAUUGAAUCCAGGGCUGAGACGAGCAGUUCGAGUGAGGACGAGGAAGCAGCUCCCCAACACAGACGAAGAGAGUCCUCUCACAGCACAACACGUGACACUCCAAACAGCAGCUACAAACAGCAGAGCUAUGAUAGACGGUCUGUCAGUGCAGAGCGUGACCACGGAGACAUGGAGAAUGGUGAUGAGGAUAACGCUGCUGCAGCUUCAACCUCUCGUAAUAAACCAAAGGUAUCUGAUAUACUGGGAGGUAAUGUGAACACAGCCGCCCUGUCCGCAGCGCUCAAUCAGUUCAUCAAAUAUCCCUCAGGACCAAUCGCAGAGAUGAGUGAUGCAGAGUAUGACAGUCACGAAGAGCAGAAUAAUCAGUCUCCACAACACGCGGCCCUGGCUCCACUAUUUAAACCAACAUCCAGCGUUACCUCUGAACUGCAGUACAGCCCUCUAGACUCUGUCUUCUCAGAGAGUUUAACCUCUCAGACUCUAGCCUCACAAACUCCAACCUCACAAACUCUGUCCUCCCAGACCCUUAACACUCCCAGAGCCAGUGACUCCCUUUUCAAGGAGACUCUGGUAUCAGAGACCACGUACAGUCCACGGAAUAUAACUGGGGAGGCGACACCCUGUCUCUCUUACUCCCCGUCUGUAAUCCCCGCUAAGUACAGCCCUGAAAACUUCAGUGAUAUGAAAACAAGUAUAGAGUACAUUCCAUCAAGUGUGAAUGAAAGUGCACUAGAUAGUAUAGCGUACACACCUGGACCCUCCCGCUACAUGACAGUAGAUUAUACCCCUACACGAGAAAUGCUUACUUCAGAGACUCAGAGCAUGGAAUAUGUUCCUGCAGUGGGGACUACACUCGACAACAACAUGGAAUAUUCACCUGCACCAAUGGCUAUAUCAGCUAACUUAGAUUACUCACCACAACCCGAAACCCCUGUUUCUGAAGACUUCCGUAGUCCUUGUACGUUACAGUCGGAAACUGUUUACAGUCCAAACCCCAUACCUACAUCCAGUCCCGCUGCACUUCUAUCAGAUACAGUUUACACAUCAGCCUACUUGCAAUCAGAGACCUUUAUCAGUCCUUCAGCUGCCCUUCCUCCCCAAACUGCUACAUGGACUACUGAACCAAGUCCGGACAGUCACCAACCUGAGACUUUGGUCUCUGAAACUGUGACUAGUAGUCCCUCUCAGUUCGUAUUUUCUCCUUCUAAAAUCACUCCUUCGUUGGAUAACUUCUGUUACUCCCCUUUAAAAACUACUGAAAUUGAUUUGCUUAAAAGCCCAACUUCAAAAGAUCCGCUGGGAACCAGAGAUCAGCCAGAGCAAACUGAACAGUUAGAAAGUGAAACCAGAUAUUCUCCUGAGAAAAUGGGAGAACCUCAAUACUCACCAGAGAAAAUGGGAGAACCUCAAUACUCACCAGAGAAGCCUAAAUACUCACCGAACACCAUUGAAACAGAAAAUAGAACGUCUUCCGUUAAUUUGGAAACAGAUAACUCACCCAAUAAAAAUGAAAUAGAAAAUAGUCGAUCACUUCUGCAAGAGGGUUUAGAAACCGAAACAAAAUACUCCCCAGAAACGGUCGAAACAGAAACAAGUUACACUCCCUCAAAACCCUGCCCAAAUGAGUCACAAUACUCGCCUGGAACGGUGGACAGUAAUAUCCACUACAGUCCAUGUCCCCAGUAUGUACCAGAGCCCCUCAAUGGAGAAGAGCAGCACAUUUGUUACACUCCUGCUCGACCAGUUCAGAUGACUCCUAAUGAAACUGAGAUGAACUGUGAAAUGACCCCAGCUCGUGAUGAGCCAAACGAGUUACCGUCCAAUGAAACAGAAUUGUACUGCGAGGCAACACCUAAACAAAACAUCAUCGAGAUGACUCCAAAUGAAACCGAAAUGAACUGUGAGAUGACCCCGGAGACGCCCAAUCAAAAUGAGGUAAAUUAUAAUGAGUCAGAUAGCGAAGAAAUAGAAAGCGACCAAGAUAGUGAACCUGAGCAGAGGAAAUCAAGGAAGCGUUUAUUGUCCGUUUCAAGUGAAGAGAAGGCGAACGAGGCUCGUUUUUGGAAAUCUCCGCCGCGGAAAGAAAAAGAACAGGAAAAGUUACAAGAACUGUUCGGUGACACUGACUCUGAGGGUGAGGAAAAGAAGAGUGAUUCUGAGGAAGAAACGGAAAAGAAACAGUAUGAAUCAGAGGAAGAUGAAGAAGAAGAAGAAGAAGAAGAAGACUCUCCUGCCAAGAAGGCUCAAGAAAGGAGGAACAAACUGAAAGAACUUUCCCGCAAGAAGAAUAAACACUACUCUUCGGACUCGCUGUCGGAUUAUGACCACAAAGAAUAUGAUGAAACUGUGGAAGAAACCAAACAGCCCGACAAACCUAAAACUUUUGAAGAGAUAAUGGCUAUGGCUAAACUAAAAGGCGAGGAAAAUAAAAAAGAGCUAGAACUGAAAAAGCAGAGAGAACAAAACGUGCAGUUACAGAAAAAAGAAAAAGAGGCAAAACGAAAGAUGCUCCGAGAGGAAAUGGAGCGGAAGAGAAAAGAAGCGGAGCUAGAGCAGGAAAAGGAGAAACGAAGACAAGAACAGAGACGAAGAGAAGAAAUAAGGAACCAAGAACAAAAGAAAGAGGAGCGUGCUAAGAACAGGAUACCAAAGAAUACAGCCGAGAUUGAUAAACCACGUGCUGAAAAACAUUCAAACAAGCAAACAGACGCUCACAGGCGACCGAACGCAAAACUAUCGGAAAGCAAACAAAGCUUCAAGAUACCUAAAUCAAAUGGAUCGGCUGAGCAUCCAAACAAAAGGAAAAAGAUGAGUGCUCCAAAACCUGACCCUACAGGGUCAGGAUCCUUUGAAGAGUUGAUGAUGUUAGCACAAAACAACUCAAAACAGGGCACCUUUGGGUCCUCUAUUAGAAAACCAGAGGACGUACUUCGGGAACAAAAGAAAAAGGAAGCACAACGAGAAAGAGAAAAACAGCAGUUUUUGAAUUUCAAGGUAACAGUACCGCCUCCACCACCAAAACAGAAACAACCACCUCCUCGACCGUCCUCUAAACCUCUUGACAGAAGUCUUAAACCAGUAAAUCGAGAAGACAGGAGCAGUAAGGAGCGGGGAAAGGAGCAUAGAAAGGAGCAAAAAGGCAGUGACACAGAGCGGGAACAUAGGAGAUUGAAAGAGGCUAAACGGCGACCAGAAAAACCUAAGAAGAAGAUGCACGCUAACCCGUACAUGGACGACGACCUGGAUGAUUUUGUUGUGAGUGAUGGUGAGGACAUAGAUGUGUCGAAGGCUGUCAGGAAUAUAUUUGGGUAUGACAAGAGGAAGUAUAGAGACGAGGAGGAUGAUUGUCGUAACAUGGAGACAGACUACAGGACUAUUGCUCAGGAGGAGGCUAGAAGUGCACGUUUAGCAAAGAAGGAAGAUGCCGACGAGCUGAAAAAGAUUCUCGCCGAAGAGGAGAGGGAGAAAAAACGAAAGAUGAAAAGAUAAAACGAAAUGAUUUUUAUCAUCGCAGAAAGAGAAACUGUUAUCAGAGUUAGGAAGGAGCCCGUGACGCCUCCCUAGAAUUAGCAUCAUGUUAAAUCUGAACACUCACUACUAAUCUGUAUGUCUGUAUGGGUGUAUAACGUUGGAAAUUCUCAUCUGGACUCUGGAUAGUGAAAUGUUUUUACCCUCAGAUAUUGUGAAGUUAUGCAGUGAAGUUUUUACUUGUGAAUUCUGCUUCAUUCACAACUCACGAAUACAUAAUGAAAAAUCAAUUCAAUUACGUAAGUGGAUUUAUUACCAUUCUUAUCACUGAUUUACCUUUGGUUCCACCUACAUGGUGUGGGGAGCGUCAAGUUUUUGUCGUAGUAUAGUUAAUGUUCUAUUUUUGUAUAUAUAUCACAGUUUGUGUUCAACAUUUGAGAUUAAGUUAUUAAUUUGAUAGUUUUGUAUUAGAAUGUCAUUAAGACUCUGUGGUCUGUAUGUAGGAGUUAAUGUGAUGGUAAAUAACAUGAAUUUCACAACAUGUACUUAUUACUCUAUUGAGUAUCAUACCUUGCUGUUAUUAAUCAGGAAAAUGUACCAGACAUUAGUCGUUGAGCCACUUACCUUGCGCGACAUUUGUUACCAGCACAAUAAUUAUUGUGAAACCUUUUUAAAAUUUUGUCGUACGAAUUUUAUCUUUUCUGCCACAUAAGUUUUCACAUUGGUAGAAAUUGAUGAUAUUUCAUUUUUUUAGGCACGCAUUAAAAUUGUUGAAAUGUCCAAUUUUUUCACUGAGGGAAAAUUUUUUCUAUUAAAGAUUUGGCCACCCAAAGUUUUGUUUAAAUACUUUCAUGUCAUGUCAGUAAUUUUAUUUCGGGGUUUUUAAAAAUAACGAAAAAUUGUAACAAUUAUCGGCAAAAAUUACAAAUUUAUG